UGCACCCUCUCUUCGUUGCAGCUAUGGCGCUGCUGCAGAACCUUGGUAGCUCCCACCUGACGUUGAUCUCCUCCUCGAGGUGGAACUGUUCGCGGCGCCAGUGUCGAGCCGAGACAACAACGGAGCCUCAAACAGAUUGGAGGAAAAGGUCGAAACCCAUCAAGCCGGGAAGCACGUAUCCAGCGAAAGAAUUUUGCAGUCAUUGCGGCUUGUGUGACUCGUAUUACAUAGCUCAUGUGAAGAAAGCCUGUGCAUUUCUCGGGAAUGGUAUGACUAAAGUCGAGGCUAUGGAGCCCGAAGUGCAUGGGAGAGCACGAGAUGUAAAGUCUUUGGACGAGUUAUAUUUUGGAGUUCAUGAAGAGUUACUUUAUGCACGAAAGAUUGAGCCUGUCAAAGGAGCCCAAUGGACAGGCAUUGUUACUGCCAUAGCAAUAGAAAUGCUCAAAACAAAGCGCGUGGAAGCUGUUAUAUGUGUUCAGAGUGAUCCAGAAGAUCGUUUCACACCCCGGCCCGUGCUAGCAAGGACUCCUGAAGAAAUACUCGCCGCUCGAGGAGUGAAACCGACCUUGUCACCAAAUCUAAACACGCUGGCGCUCGUGGAGGCUGCUGGUGUCAAGAAGCUUCUGUUCUGUGGAGUCGGGUGCCAAGUUCAAGCUUUGAGGGCGGUGGAGAAGUAUCUUGGUCUUGAAAAGCUCUACGUGCUUGGUACAAAUUGCGUGGACAAUGGCCCCAGAGAAGGGCUCGAUAAGUUUCUACGAGCAGCGAGUGACAGUCCUCAAACUGUUCUACACUACGAGUUCAUGCAAGAUUACAAGGUUCACCUGAAACACUUGGAUGGUCGUAUGGAAGAGGUUCCUUACUUUUGUUUACCAGCUAGUGAUCUAACCGAUGUGAUAGCUCCAUCAUGCUACAGCUGCUUCGAUUACACCAACGGAUUGGCUGAUCUCGUGGUGGGCUAUAUGGGAGUUCCCAAAUAUCCUGGUGUCAGUAUGGUUCAACACCCACAAUAUGUCACCGUUAGAAAUGAGAGGGGUAGAGAAAUGCUGGAUCUAGUCAAGCAUCUCCUUGAAGUUACACCCACUGUUAGCACGGGUGACAGGCGUCCAUUUGUCAUGGAGACGGUCAAGGCAGAUGACAAUGCGAAACUAGGCUUGCAAAAGAGUGCCCCGGCACCUCGAUUUGUUGGUAAUAUUAUUGCGUUUCUGCUGAAUCUGAUCGGGCCGAAGGGCCUGGAAUUUGGACGAUACUCUCUUGACUACCACACUAUCAGGAAUUACCUCUAUGUACACCGCGCCAUGGGGAAAUCCAGAGCUGAAGCUCACAUUCCGUCUUACUCCAAGGAACUGGUUGAGAAGUACAAUGAAGGUGGCACCAUCGAUAAACUCUUAAAGCGACAGGUCUAAACUUUCUCUUCUUUGUGAGAGAGAUUUUAUAAAACUUCCUAGUUUGCAUGCACUUUCAAAUAGACUUUGAUUUUUUCCAAGUUCAA